AUGCCGUUUGGUCUUUUCUUCUUCCUCUUACUUUCGACAUUUGGAGCCGCCGCUGAAAACGCCUGUCCUUUAACUGAGGUGAUCAAACUUGCUGAGCUUUAUGCUAACCCACACUUGCACCCGUGUCAAAGAGUCUCGGCUGGGUUCCUUGAGGCCCCACCGAAAGGCAACCUGACAAACCCGCAGAUCAAAGCCAUAUGUGGCUCCGACGCAUGUCGCGCGCUUGUAAAAGACGUGCUUUCCCUAAAGCCCGCCGAUUGCUUUCUGUCUCUCGGCGGCGUAAAGUUGAAUGCGUACGAGAUUGCAUCCAGUGUACAAAAUGCUUGUGAUGCAGAAAAUAGUCAAGAAGACAAUACGUCUGCUCUAAACUCAAAAACUAGCAAUAGUUCAAUGGUGAAGGUAAACGAUAAAGACAAGAAAUCGACCUCAAAACCAACCAGGUUCUUCGAGAAAAAUUCCACGCUGAGCGACAAGGACAAUAUUCAGCUUGAUGAGCCUAUGGUGAUUGACAACAAUCUUGACAAUCAGCAUUGCCCGACGCUUAAGGUUGAAAAAGAGACUGCGAAAGAAGCCGGCAGUUCGAAGCCUCCGAUAAACAAUACAGCUUUUGAAAUGUUUCCACCGCCUGACACGACUUACAAGGCAACUGAACCGCACAAGAUUUAA